AUGGACACCUCGGGUCUAGAACUUGAGAGGGGAUCUCUAAACUUGACGACUCAUGACCAAGGGCAGGAUGCUUCCAUUCCUUCUAAAGGCUUAUAUAUAUCCACAUAUUCCGCUUCUCAUAAAUACUCCCGCUUCCCCCAACUUCUCCUCCUACUCCCCUCUUCUCAUCCAUCCGAUUACCAUCACGAAAGAGGCCAGCACGCACCUCCCAAGGAGAUAGUGCCUCCCUUCCUCGAACUCAUAUCGACUUGUUUUGUGGUUGAGCGUGAGCUCCGCCUUGGUACCUGGGCUCCCGCUGCUGGUGAUACAAAUUCUGCUGCAGUAGCGCCUCCGGGGUGGUGGGGGAGGGUAUCACCCCUUCGCCGGGCGAUUAUCCAGUCCUCCCCACAUGUCCGUCGGGAAGUUCAUAGGCCGCUCUCUUCCUCCCAAAGAAACCAGAGAAUUAGGAUCGAUACCUUCCUCACCUACUGGGUGAAGGAGGCCAUUCCUAGCACGACAACCUGUGGUUGA